GGAGGGGUAGGGACAGGGCUGCUGGUACAAAUACACGCUGCAGUCCAGCCUGCCCAUCGUCCCUUCCUGAGCCUGGUGGAGAGCCACCUCCAUUGCAUUCACGUGGCUGUGGGACAGAGACCAGGCAGCCUCCAUGCAGCUCUUUCUGCUCCUGUGCCUGGCACUCCUCAGCCCCCGGGGGUCCACCUCCCGCCGCUUCAGGGCUCAGAAGAAGCAGCCCAAGGAGCCCAGAACUGGGGACUUUGCCUUCGAACUCUACAGGGCCUUGGCUUCCACCUCCCCAGGCCAGAACGUCUUCUUCUCCCCACUGAGUGUGUCCACGAUCCUGGCCAUUCUGUCCAUGGGGGCCAGGGGCAACACCCAGGCACAGAUCCUGGAGGCCCUGGGCUUCGACCCCCGGCACCAAGCAAUUGCUCAGUUCCACUACAGCUUCCGGCAUCUGCUGAUGAGGCUCAUAAGGCCCAGAAAUGGCUUCGAGCUGAACCUCGGCAAUGCCCUUUUCAUCGACAAGGGGCUGGUCAUCUACAACAUCUUCCGGCUUAUCAUAAUGGCCACAUACCUGGCCGACACUUAUUCCACCAACUUUGGGGACCCUGCAGGGGCCCAGAAGCAGAUCAAUGACUAUCUGGCCAGGCAAACCCAGGGCAAGAUUGUGGACCUCAUCCAGAGCCUCGACAGCACCAACGUCAUGGUGAUGGUGAAUUACAUUUUCCUUAAAGCUAAGUGGGAGAUCGGCUUCAACAACAAAACAACUCAAAAUCAGGACUUCUACGUGACCCCGGAGAAGAAGGUGCAGGUGCCCAUGAUGAACCAUGAGGAUCAGUAUUUCUACUUCCUGGACAAGGACCUCUCCUGCACUGUAGUGGGGAUCCCCUAUGAAGGCAAUGUCACCGCCUACUUCAUUUUACCCAGCAGUGGCAAGAUGGAGCAGGUGGAGAAUAGCCUGAACAAGGAAACCCUGAGGAAGUGGACUCAGACAAUGAGGAGGAGGCGGCUCAAUCUUUAUCUUCCCAAGUUCUCCAUUGAGGGUUCCUACCACCUGGAGAAAAUCUUCCCCAAUCUGGGGAUCAGGGACAUCUUCACCCACGAUGCUGACCUGUCUGGCAUCUUCAAGUACCCCAACAUCCAGUUGUCUCAGAUGGUGCACAAAGCCAUGGUGGAGGUGGACGAGUCGGGGACCAGAGCAGUUUCAGGCACAGGGAUGGUCUUCAGCUUCAGAUCAGCCUAUCCAAGCUCUAGAAUGAUCACAUUUAAUAGGCCCUUUCUGAUGGCCAUUUUGGAGAAUGUGACCAUCCUCUUCUUUGGCAAAGUGACCCAGCCCUGAGGUAGGCCCUGUUCCUAGGCCUGCAUGGCAGGAGGCAGGGUUGUGUCAUGGUCCAUCUGUUUGCUGGUAGCUAGUGAUUUACCUAAGCUGAGUUACUAAUGAGGUGCCAAAUAAUCCUAAGAAGACUGAUAAACUGGAAAUAGCUUUCUGUCACACAGUUGCAAGACAUAGAUGCCUUGGAGAAACUUGCAACAGUUGAGAUUAGCACAGAGGCCCAGCGGGGUCCAGGGAGCUUUUCCAAGCUCACAUAGCAUGUUCUUAUCAGCAUAGACAGGCCCAGAGUCCAAGCCACUGAUGCUCAGUCCAAUGCCAAAAAGCCCUGUGAGAGGGUGGUCCAGCAGGUAAGGGCCACCAGGAAGCACAUUUUCAAGCCUGGUCUCCCAUCUAUGAGAACCAGAAGCUAUCAGUUCAUCAGGGCGUAGAAGAAUACUGGAAUUGGUGUGCAGUGGGCUGUUGUCCCUGCUCUAACCAGCUAUGUGACAUUGGCAUACCACUGUCUCUCUCUGGACCUCAGUUUCUUCAUGUAGGACCAGGGCAAAGUUCCCACCCAAGGCCCCUUGAUAUUAAAAGGCUGGGCUGUUCCAUGCCAACCCUGGUCAAUUUCAGUACACUAGGGAGCCACUCAUGUGUUACUAAAGCAUUUGGGCCUUAGGUUGGAAUUGUCCCAAGGCAGGAUCGUGCCAUCCCAUGUAUCAAGGUAUAAUCUCCCGGGCCUGGCCAGUGUGGGAGGAUGGAGGCCUACGGCAACAGUAGAGGAUCAAUUGCAGACACUGUGACUAACUUUCUGAAUUUUAUGUUAGCUACUACAAUAAAGCAUUUUGCAAAGA